AUGGCGACGGACAGGAUCCGAGUUGUCCGGGAGGAGCAGGAGGAGGAGGAGGAGGAGGAGAGGAAGGAGGAGGCGCAGUCGGAGCUCCCGACGCGCAGUCAGAGCCACGUCCAAUUCCCGCCCCGCCUUCUGGUGCACACGCGCAGCCUCAGCCACACGCACUUCGGCGCGCCCUCCCAGAAGAAGCGCACCUGCCGCCUCACCCACAGCCUCUCCGCCAUGGCCCGAAAGGAGAACGGCGCCCAGGGGGGCUUGGCUGCGGCGGGGAAGAUGCUCAAGCCCACCGAGACGCUGUUAGUCGCUAAAGUCCCCCAGCAGACCGAGCUGAGUCAGAAGCUGACGGUGUGCAACAAGCUGUGUUUCGCCAUCGGAGGAGUCCCCAAAGAGGUUGCAGCCAGCGCCACCGCCUUCUUCCUGCAGAUCUACCUGCUGGACGUCGCCCAGGUGAGGCGGAAUGCCAAACGCGCCGUCUUUAAGACGAGGCUUCCAUACCGGUGAAAAUGUGCCCCCGCGCAGAUCAACGCCUUCCAGGCCUCGAUGGUGCUGUUUGUCGGCAAGGCCUGGGGGGCCGUGGUGGAUCCUGUGGUGGGCUUCUUCAUCAACAAGACCAAGUGGACCAGGAUCGGAAGACUCAUGCCCUGGAUGCUGGGGUGUACGCCGUUCUUGGUGGUGUCCUACUUCUACCUCUGGUACGUGCCCCCCUUCGUUACCGGGAGGUUCGUGUGGUACCUCGGCUUCUACUGCCUCUACCAGACCCUCAUCACGUGCUACCAUGUGCCUUAUUCCGCUCUCACCAUGUUCCUGAGCACGGACCAGCGGGAGCGCGACUCUGCCACCGCCUACCGGAUGACUCUGGAGGUGUUGGGCACCCUGGCCGGAGCCGCCAUCCAGGGCCAGAUCGUGGCCAGCGCCCACAGACUCAAACACUGCCAGGGACCCAACGGCACCACCGGUGCCAUCAACAACAGCGGGGGGGCCGAGGUGGUCCGCAGUUUGGUGCGCUCAGAGGAAUACCUGUCACAUGCUAAAGAAGUUUACAUGAUCGCUGCUGGUGUCAUCGGGGGGAUCUUCCUGGUCUGCACUGUGGUCAUGUUCCUCGGGGUCAAGGAGAAAGACGAUCCGUACGCGCCAAAGACGGAGAAGCAGAUUCCGUUCCACCGCGGCUUCGUCAUGGUGAUGCGUCACGGUCCUUACCUCAUCCUCACCGCCGCAUUCCUCUUCAUCUUGGUGGCCAUUCAGCUGGUGCAGAACAACUUUGUCCUAUUCUGCACGUAUGCGGCCGACCUGAGGGAACACUUUCAAAACAUUGUGCUGACCAUCCUGGUAUCCGCAGUGGUGAGCAUCCCUCUGUGGCAGUGGUUCUUGCAGAGGUUCGGGAAGAAGACGGCAGCUUUUUGCGGCAUCACGUGGAUCAUGCCCUUCACAAUGAUGCUGGUGUUCAUCCCCAACGUGGUGGUGGCGUACGUGGUGGCGGUUUCCUCCGGACUCAGCGUGGCCGCCUCGCUCCUCCUCCCCUGGUCGAUGCUUCCCGACGUGGUGGACGACUUUCGGCUGGCCAACCCCUACUGCAAAGGCCACGAGGCCAUCUUCUACUCCUUUUACGUCUUCUUCACCAAGUUCGCCGCCGCCGUGUCUCUGGGCGUGUCCACCCUGUGCCUGGAGUUCGCGGGGUACGAAAACGGUGCCUGCAAGCAGCCCGCCCCCGUGGUGUACACGCUCAAGCUGCUCAUCGGCGCCGCCCCGGUGGCCUUCAUCAUCACGGGCCUCAUGAUCCUGCUCCUGUACCCCAUCACGGAAAAAGUGCGACUGCGCAAUAAACUGCACUUGGAAGAGCUGCGGAAACAAAGCAGCGUCUCCAGAAAUUCAGACGACUUGGGCGUGAUGUGACGUGGGGAAAAAUAUUCCGGUCGCGGGAUUUGUGUUCCAGCGGUGCACGCUGGGAAAUUGGUGGCAAUUGGUGUAUAUUACACUGGGACUUCAUUUGUUUUUUAAAGUGAACAUUUUUCGUUUCAACGCGUACUGUACGGCCGUGAUAUCGUCUGAGUAUUCAUACAAAUGAAUGUAUAUCAGGGUUUUAUUUUUUUUCUUCCCCCUCCUCUUUCAUUGCUGUGUCAAGUUGCUCUGCAACACCUUAUUUAUUAUUUAUGAAUCAUGUGCGGGGUAAGACGACACGGUAGGUAGGGCUUGUUGCGUUGCUUUGCCGAGGAAGUGACAUGAGGACAGUCAAGAGAAAAGCCACAAAGCUACGAAAAAAUAAUGUCGAUUAUUUAAAAAAAAAAAUGGAAUGACCCGUGCAACGUAUUUCCUUCUCUGUGCGUGUUGCUCCCUCUAGCUGUAGGAUGUGGUAUUAAACCCGUUCAAAGGGGAAAUUAUGUGCAAUCCUGACUUUUUUUUUUCUUCUCCUCCAUUUUAUUUAAUUUCCGUCAGUUGACGAACAAUCAGCGUGGAGUUAUGACAUAUUUGGUGCCGAGACGAUCAGACAUUGUGGUGUACAUGUGUCGGAUGGGGGGCCAUUGAGAUUGUGUAUUUGCCAAUGUGAUGAUUAAUCUGAUCUCAGC